UCUGAGCAUUGAAUUUAAAAGGCAAGGAAUUUGGAAAAGGUUAACCAUUUCCCGGUAUGGCUUGCUAUUGUGCCUUUCCAAGAACGGUUUUGUUCUAUAUCACAGCUGGAUUGUAUAAUUUAUACCGAUAACAUUCCACCCGUCUGUCAUGCAGUUGUUAUAUAUUGCAGGAAGACAAGUUGAUAACAGUUAAAGCUUCAGUGUCUCAAAAUAUAACCCCUUGAAAAUCAUCAUGCCAUUGAAAAAAAAAUUGUCCGAUCGUCUCAAAAAACGAACUACCCCAAGCGUUUCGACUGAAGAUGAAUAUCGAAAGGAGCACAAAACACGUUUUGGUAGCACGCUGCAAUCCUUGGUUCAGAGAGUUACUACAAAGAAAAGAUCUUUCGAUUUUAACGCACCAACAAAGACAUUAAUUUUUUUACGUGAAAUUGGAUUUAUCAAAGAGCUUAAGUCACGUUAUCCUAAUGUAGAAGUAUAUACAGGUAUACAAGACCCCGUGAAUGGAAAAUUAAGCCUAAGGGGAAUGGGAGAUGAGUUCGACUCGGCCUGUGACGAAUGUUCUUGGAAACUGCCAAGAAUCAUUGAACGUUCCAUGACAUCUGGCGACAAAAAGAUUUGGGAUGUGAUGGCAAAUACACGAGUACAAGAACAUGUGACGGAUAUUUUUAUAUCAAAAAAUAUUAGAGCACAGGCCAGGGCUAGUGAAACCGAUAAGUCAAUUGUCAUUACUGCCAUGGAUAACAUCGAGUUGAAAAAGGCGAAGGAGCUUUUGUUUGAUUUAAUUCGCAUAAGCACGAUCGACGUUCCGAAAGAUCUGAAAGAUUAUUCCGAAAAUGAGAAUUUCCAGAAGUUUUUAAGAGAUCAAGAGAAGAGUAUGCCCUUAACGAUAUAUUUUCAGCUUCACCCUCCUCAAAUAGAAUUAGUUGGCAUAACAACAGCUGUCGAUAAAGCGGAAACUGCAAUCAAACAACAAGUCGAAUCCAUGCGCAUAAAAAAGAAGAGUUACACGAAAAAUCAUCCGGAGGAAAAGUGGAUAUUUCUGGAAAUGUAUUUUAAUGAUAUAUUUAGCAAAGAGAGAGAACUCUUGAGUUUAAACGCGAGUUUUAGAUUAGAGAAACAACAUUUGGGUAAUUAUCAAAUCUGGAUCACAUGCAUCAAGGAAAGCUUUCCCGAGUGCGAGAAUGCGAUAAACAGCGUCUUUGAAAAGAUAGCGGAUAAAGAGUUGAAGUUCGCCUUUCCAGAUAUAAAGAAGUUAAUCAACGGAAAAGGUUGUCAAGAUGAACUGAAAAAGAUUCAACGAGACAGAGGAGUUUACAUAAAAGAUGCUUCUUCGGGUGAUUUUCCAAGAUCUGCGACUUUUUCACACAACCGAACACAAGAGUGUUAUGAUCGAUAUAACUAUACUACCCAGCCAGGAGUUAAAUUGUCUUGUAGAAAUGGGCGAAUUGAAAAUGAGAAGGCGGACGUUUUAGUAAACUCUGCACUGGCAAACCUUAACAGCUCAACUGCCUGUGGUCUAGCACUUCAAAAGAAAGGUGGCCCCGAAUACACAGUGGACUGUAGACGGCAUACCAAUAUUCCCCUGUGGGAUAUUGUUUGCACAACAGGAGGGAAAUUAGCUUGCAAGUAUGUCAUUCAUGCUGUUUGUGGCAACUGGAACAAAGAGAAUGAAGAAAAUAGUAAAGAGGCACUCCGAAAACUUCUCAAAAAGAUAUUUGCUAAAUGUCACGAGCUUGGUGUUUCCACACUCGCCAUGCCAACUAUCGGAGCUGGAAAACAUAGUUUUCCAGAAGAUUUGGUUCUGGAGAUAAUACGCGAAGAAGUUGAGAUGAUUUGCUUUAAAAGCGAUGGAUCGACAGCUCUGGCGAAUGUAUCAAUCAUUAUCUUCCCUCAAAAGCAAUCGCAUAACGGAAGUCAGUCGAAAAACUUGUCCAAUUCAAAUCGAUAUUCGCUUCCUUCUUUUACCAACUAUUUCACAAAGACUGCGACAGAGAAUGAAAUUACAAUACGAUUUAUUGGCUUUAAACCGAAUGUAGAUGACGCAAUUUCUGAUGUGAAAACGUUUCUGAGUGGAAUUACUGACAAAAAAUCCAUUGAAAACAUCGGACAUAUUCUUUCUGAGCGCGAACCCGAUCUAGAACAGCUAUCAACAAAAUGUGGGGUUUCCAUUGAAUUGUCUUUGUCGGCGGGAAGUUUGACUGUACAAGGUCUUAAGUCUGAUGUCGCUGAUUUCAUAGUGCAAUUCGCAGAGCUGCAGAGAAAGCAUGAGCUGGAACUUCAAAAGAAGAAAUGGCUCAGCGAGAUUUCCCAAUAUGUGCAGUGGUGGUAUUUAUCGGCUGGUAAAUGGGUCAGCUAUGACGAUGUCACGAAUAAAGAGAUAGAAGCCGCCUAUUGCGAAGAUGCAAAAAAGGAAUUCGAUAUCUCCAUUAACGGUGAAAAUUAUCGUGUUAAUCUGGGUAACAAAGAGAAGAAAAGUUACACGACUGGCCAGUUGGUUCCAAUAGAAAGAACGUUACAAGGUGAUCAAGAUAAUCUUUCCGACAUUUUCCCUGCACACUGGGAUGCACUUCCAUCAGAUCACGAGGUUCAUCUUGUUAGUUUGUCAACAUCAUCACCGGAGUACAAAGAGAUUCUGGUCCAUUUUGAAACAGGUUUCAAAAACCAAACCCGAAUAUUACCAUCAGUUACGAAAAUCCAAAGAAUUCAAAAUCCAUCGUUGUUUUGUUUUUACUCGGCCAAGAAAAAAUCAAUGGAAGGGCGAGAGAAUGAAAUGAGGCUAUUUCAUGGUACAAACGUCAAAAAUACUAAAGCAAUUAAUGCGAACAACUUCAAUCGAAGUUUCGCCGGAGAUAAUGUUGGUACGAAAUUCGGUCGUGGUGUUUACUUUAGCAAAGAUUCAUCCUAUUCUCUUGCAUAUUGUGCUGACCAAAACGACCAUAAACCGAAUAAUGCUGGCGCAACUGUUAGAUCGUUCCAAAUGUACGUAGUCAAGGUAUUGGCCGGAGAUUACACCAAAGGCAAUAAGAAGAUGAAAGUACCACCUUCAAAGAAUGAUCCGAAUAAUCCAAACCUGCUAUUUGAUUCAGUUGUAGACGAAAUGGUUAAUCCAUCGAUCUUUGUCAUAUUUCAAGAUCAUCAAUGCUAUCCUGAAUAUUUAAUUACUUUUAACCAUACCUAAAAUCAUGGACAUAUAACACGACAUAUUAUUAAUUGUUCACUCAAAAAUAGACACUCGAGGAGGGCAUAAGAAUUUGCAAUUUGUCAGUUUUAUAAUGCAAGAAAGAUAUAGAAAAAUAUUACCCAAAAUGUCGUGUAACAAAGCACAACAUGUUGUCAACUUUUGAAGAUAUAACGUAUAACAGUUUAAAAGUUAAAAUACUUGAAUUAAAGUAUUAAACGACAAACGCACAAAGAAAUUGUUUCAGUGCUUCCGCUACAAGCAAUUGACCGUAACGAAAAAGAUGGCGGCAUGUACAUUUUACCAGAAUGCAUUGCAGAAAUUAAGAAUGAUUGACUGAAAAAAAGAUGGCAAGAAAAACACCUAGUGACGUGAAUUUUAACACAGCGAAGAAAAUAACUUCCUGUUUUAUGCCUGUCCUUUAAAAGACGUCAGUUCGCUUUUUUAAGCGAUUUUCGACCGCAAUGCAUUCUGGUAAAAUGUACAUCCGCCAUCUUUUUUGUUAUGGUCAAUUACAUUUAUUUGGUAAAGUUCCACGAGUGGAAAAUGGAAAAAUAGGUAUCCCUAUGUUUUCCGUAUUAAAUGGAAACACCACCUACAAUUAUAUUUUAUAACCCCGCUCCUUGGUUGAUAAUUGGUUGCCGUUUUCGAGCAAUUUUAUUUUAUUCUUCUAGCUUUUUAUGCUUUUAGCGUAUGAAAUGGCCCUAUUUUCAUUCUUUUACGUUGUU